ACCUUUCCGGCCACCACUGGCUUCAAUAUGGCUGCCCCCAGGAAAAGGCGAGGCUAACGUUUAAGUACAGAUCCUGACUCCCUCGUCGCAUGGAUCGUAGCUCAGAGUUCAGAAGAUGGAAGGCGCAGUGUCUGAGCAAAGCGGACCUCAGCCGGAAAGGCAGUGUGGACGAGGAUGUGGUAGAGCUUGUGCAGCUCCUAAAUGGGCGAGAACAGUUUUUCACCACCAGUUCCUGCGCUGGCCGCAUCAUCCUCCUAGACCGGGAUAUAAAUGGUUCUGAGGUUCAGAAACAAAACUAUUGCUGGUUACUGGUUACACACAAACCCUGUGUGAAAGAUGAUGUGAUUGUAGCCCUAAAGAAAGCGAAUGGCGAUGCCAUUUUGAAAUUUGAACCACUUGUUCUUCAUGUGCAGUGUCGACAGUUGCAGGAUGCACAGAUUCUGCAUUCAGUGGCAAUAGAUUCUGGUUUCAGGAACUCCGGCAUAACAGUGGGAAAGAGAGGAAAGACUAUGUUGGCUGUCCGGAGCACACAUGGCUUAGAAGUUCCAUUAACCCAUAAAGGAAAACUGAUGGUGACAGAGGAAUAUAUCAACUUCCUGAUAAAGAUAGCAAAUCAAAAAAUGGAGGAAAACAAGAAGAGAAUUGAAAGGUUUUACAACUGCCUACAACAUGCUUUGGAAAAAGAAACUAUUUCUAUGACCUCAUAUCCCAAAGAGAAAAUCAAAGAGAAAAAUAACUCAUCAUAUACUCACAAGAAAAAAAGAAACCCAGAAAAAGCAUGUGGCAAAUAUAUUACUGAAGAAAAUAAUAAAGAACUUGACAAUGAUGAUCAUGAUGAUCCAGGAAUCAGUGUUACUAUCUUCCCUGAAGAUUACUGAGAUUUGGUUCUGAAGUGUCUUGGUAAAAUAAUGUUUCUAAUAGAUAUUAUAAAGCUGCUCUUUAUAGGAGUAUUUUAGUUUGUUGAGUGUAUCAGCCUUUUAGAAAGACAAGAUUUAAUUUUUCUCUAUAUUUUAGGGAAACCCUUAGCUUUUAAAAAAUAGCUGUGUAAAAUAUCAAUAUUUGCUCUUAAAUACCAUCGUUUUUAGUUACACAGUCAUUGCAAAAAUAAAAUUAUGAUUUUUAAUGCUCUCCUUAAGUUUCAGUUUCUACUUCUAUAAAACAGGAGAACUAUAAUACCCUUUCAAGAGAGCCUUAACAUUAGGAAUAUUAGAGUAAAAAUCAUAACAACAUUUUACUUAUUUUUAACUUUGAAAUCUCCAGCCUUCAAGGGGGUCACUUUGCUGCUUGUUGCCAUGGAGUCCAAGGACAAGUUUUUUCCUCUCUUUAGCCAUUGUGGAUAAAACAACAGAUACCCUUUUUGUUCAAGACAAAAUAUUAUACUUGAACCCUCUUUCCCCAUUAUUUCUCACAAACCAGAGCUUGCCACUGGCACAUCCUCCAUGAAGCAGGUGGGCAUAGUUUUUCACUACGCCUGGUCAGAAGUGAUAACUUAUGACACAGGAAUCUCAAUAGAACAAAUGUGCUAUGAAAAAUUGCAAAGAAUCAGAAGCCUCGGGUUUGAGUUCUGACUGCUACAGAGAAGUUGGUGGUCCUUAGCGAAUCGCUUAAUUUCAAAGGGCUUCUAUUUCCUCUUCUGCAUAAUAGUAAUUCUGAUCCCUCCCAUAUUUACACCAGAGGAGUGUUGACAGGAUCAAGUUAAAUAAAAAUGUGAA